GCACACACCAGUCCCAGCGUGGCCCUUCCCAUCCCGGUUCCCUGAGCUCCCUCCCGAGUGGCAGAGGGUGGAUUUGUGGCUGUCCCCGUGCCUGGGUGACAGCCAGCUCAGCCAUGUGUCGCCAGCACGGCUCCCAGAGGUGCAAAGGCUCUUUGAAUGAGCUGGAAGCUCCAUGAUCCUUUCCCUGGAAAGGGUGAGGAAAUCUCUUGGCUCCUGCCCAGCUUUGUUCAGAGCCCUGAGGUGGCAGCAGCGCUGACUUUGGCCCAUGGCACCUUGGUGACACAGUUCAGGGUUGGAAAGCUCGGCUCAGGGCGUGGGCUGAGCUCAGCUCCCGCUCCUGGAGUGCACCCUGGGCUCUGCCAGGGAAACCUGGUGGUUUUCCAGCUGCUCUCCAUAGGAAUGAGGGCUUUGACACUUGGAGAACCACGUAAUUAAGCUCUGCACGAGAGCUUUAGUGCUGGGAUCUGCAACCACAGCGAGCAGAACCUGAGUCAUCCAGCACCAGAAGAUGAAUUUCCUCGAGGAUUGCUCCAUCAGGCUGCUGGAUUUUUGGGCCUGGAUCCAGUGGGGUGCCCCAGCAGGCAGGAACCAGGAGGGGAAGGCACCAGAGCCAGAGGUUCUGGUAGCUUGGAGGAGCCAGGCUUGUAAAAACAGCUCUGUAAAACCAGAACUAACACAAAGGUUAGGCCAGGGCUGAGUCAUUGCCCAGGUGAGGCAGGAAGGCAGGAACUGUUCCCAUUUUAGGCUCAGGACACACUGAAUUAGUGGCAAUAUCACUAAUAUUUCUAGGCCCAAAUUGUUCCCAAUUAGUUAAAGAUAUUUUCCUAGAAUUCCUCAGUUCAUUAAAGAGACUUUCCCAGAAUAAAACACUCCUCAGGCUGCUGAGUUUAAAGGAGAGCAGAGCCAGCACAUCCAAGGUGGGCUGCAGAUCCUGGCUGGAUUCAUCCCUGCACUGCUGGUGCUCACUCCUGCUGUUUGAGUGGCCAAAGCUUCGUGCCCAAAGCUUGUUUCCCUUUAUCAGGUCUGAUUUCUGUCCUGCCUGCACCCUCUCCCGGCUGCCCGGCGUUAUCAGGGCGAUAGGGAUUGGGGACGUGGGGCAGAGGACGCUGAUUCAGCCCUGGGGAGUCUGCCUGAGUCAGACCCGGAGCUAAAUCACCUCAGCUCGGGUUCCUGGGCUGUUCCCGCUGCCGCCUCCAUUUCCUGCUGGCUCAAAUCCCCAUCGAGCACUGGCCUGCCCCCGCUGGGUGCCAAGGUCACCUUUCCCAGCUCCCGUGUCCGUGUUUUCUCCGCAGGCGCGCUCGGAGAUGGACAAGUACCUGUCCAGCGAGGCGCCGCCCGUGCCGAUGCUCCCCGACAAGAAGUACCGGCGGGAGAGCGCCUCGGUGGUGGACGAGUUCUUCUCCACGGAGAAGCCCAGCUCCACUCCCUACAGCGUGAACAUCAACGUCAUCCUGCCCGACACCACCCACCUGCGCACGGGGCUCUACCGGCCCCCCAAACCCAUGGCCCCCUUCCCGCAGAUCAAAACCGAGCCAGGCACCGGCUUCUCCCAGCCCUGCUCGUCCUCCUCCGGCCCCACGCAGACCCUGCCCGACUUCACCAGCGUGUUCAGCAUGCCCCAGUCGGUGGCGGUCAACAACAUCUUCAUCAAGCAGGAGAUGCCGGCCGAGAUCCCCCUGUCGGCCCACCCGCAGCAAUCCCAGCUCUUCCCGCUGCCCCUGGGCGCCGCUGGAGCCGACAUCCCCACCCUGGCGUCCUCCUCCAGCAGCACCACGGCCAUCAGCUGCCUCAGCGGGGUCACCAUGUCCACGGGCUCGGUGGCCAGCGUGGCACACAGACCCGUGCAGCCAGCGGGGCCCCUCAAGCAGUACCCACACGUGGCCCAGGGACAGGGAAGCUUUGGGAACAUCCCCGGGCAGUUCUACCCCGCCCCAGGGGUGACUCUGCCCCCCUCGCCCCCCAACUCGCAGCCUGGCAGCCCCGAGAACCAACCUGAGCUCAUCAACACCAUCUCUCCCCCGCCGUCCUACGAAGCCACUUUUGGACUGAAGCUGGUCCAGUCGUCCCAGAUCCCCCCAGGUCCCAACGGCGUCGGGGGCCUCUCCCAGGGCCACGUUGUGAUGCAGCCCCCCAAGUACAACCGGCGCAACAACCCCGAGCUGGAGAAGAGGAGGAUCCACCACUGUGACUUCCCAGGUUGCUCAAAGGUUUACACCAAGAGCUCCCACCUGAAGGCACAUCAGAGGACUCACACAGGUGAGAAGCCCUACAAGUGCACGUGGGAGGGCUGUGACUGGCGCUUCGCCCGCUCGGACGAGCUCACCCGGCACUACCGCAAGCACACGGGCGCCAAACCCUUCAAGUGCCUGGCGUGCGGCCGCUGCUUCUCCCGCUCCGACCACCUGGCCCUGCACAUGAAGAGGCACCAGAAUUAGGAGCCUCCCUUCCCACUCCUCCGAGAGCAGCUCAAAGUCUUCCCUUCUCCCGGGGAAGGACCUGUACAUAGGAACGACCCCGCGCCGCGAUCAUCCGAGGCGGCGGCAGAGCCCCUGCCAGCCCGGCCCCGACCCUGUCUGGUUUUACAAGAGACUGAAACCCACCCAGCUCAUUUCAAACGGGCCCUGACUGCAGACUGAUCUCCUGACCAGGCUCCUGGUGGCACCGGGGCGAUGGAGCUUGCGUUCCCAAGGGCUUUCUUCUGGCAAUCCUGCUAUUUAUUUGUCACUCAGGAGCGACUUUGUGUCUCAAGGACUUUUGGGAUGGUGAGGCCCGGGAGGAUGUGACAGCUUGGCUGUGACUGGUCUCACCUGGACUCUCUUGGACAGUCCCGUGGCAAAGCCAUGGAUGUGACACUGUGUGACCAUGGAUGUGACACUGUGUGACCGUGGAUGUGACACUGUGUGACCAUGGACGUGGCACCUGUCCCCUGGUGUGACCAUGGAUGUGGCACUGUCCCCAUGGUGUGACCAUGGAUGUGACACGGUGUGACCAUGGAUGUGGCACUGUCCCCAGGGUGUGACCAUGGACGUGACACUGUCCCCAUGGUGUGACCAUGGACGUGGUGCUGUCCCCAUGGUGUGACCAUGGAUGUGGUGCUGUCCCCAUGGUGUGACCAUGGAUGUGGCAUUGUCCCCAUGGUGUGACCAUGGACGUGGUGCUGCCCCCAUGGUGUGACCAUGGACGUGGCACUGUCUCCAUGGUGUGACCAUGGGUGUGACACUGGUGCCAUGGACGUGGCACUGUCCCCAUGGAUGUGAUCAUGGAUGUGACCAUGGACGUGGCACUGUCCCCAUGGUGUGACCAUGGAUGUGGCACUGUCCCUGUGGUGUGACCAUGGAUGUGACAUGGUGUGACCAUGGAUGUGACAUGGUGUGACCAUGAAUGUGGCACUGUCCCCAUGGUGUGACCAUGGAUGUGGCACUGUCCCCAUGGUGUGACCAUGGACGUGGCACCGGUGCCGUGCCAGCACAGGAGCCAUGCCCAGGACUGUUGGGGGUGACAAUCCCAUCUCUGUGGGGGCACAGAAGAUCAGACCUGUGACAAACUCACCCUUCAAACAAGGGGCAGCACAAAAGCAGGUGACAAAAGCGUCACCCGUGUCCCACUGAGCCAGCUUGGGACUGCCAAGCCCUGCCCUGCCUGGCCAGGUUUUCAUGGUUGUGUCCUUAGCAUUUCUGCUUCCAAGAGGAAUUUGGACUCUGGGUGUCUCUGGGAGGACCAGCGUGGGUUUGAAGCCACCCCAGGGGACAGCAACUGCUGGAGGUCUGGUGUCCCAACAUCCACCAGUGGUGCCCUUCUCCAAAAUCCUCCCUCAAGGGCUCGGCGGCUGCCGGUCCCACCGGGCCUGCGCUGUUGCCAUUCCAUCAGAUGGGAGGGGAAAAAAAAAUAAUAAAAAAGGGAAAAAAGCAUCUUGGAAACAAAUUCCAAUAAAUCCUGCUGUUCAGAGUGGAAUCACAUGACUACCUCACAGGUUCACCACCUCCUUCUCCCUAAGCUCCUUCCCCCCAUCCCGUGGGAUGCACAUCCCCGUUCUCCAAAGCCUUCCAGGGGUUAAAUUUAGGCACAAGAAGAGCCAGUUCCGAGACCAGCUGUGAGAGUUUUAAAUAAAUCAGGACCAAAUAACGGGCCUGCCGUGUCCAGCAGAAUAUUCCUUUGUUCCACACCCUCCUCUCUUGUUUUCCCUUGGAUAAACUCGGGUGGUGCAGGGAUUGAUGUGUGGGAUGGAAGGCCACGCUGGACCAUGGUCAGGCUGGAAUUUGGAGGCCACUCCUCUCUGAUGUUGCCAAAGCCACUUUUUUCCCCUUGGAUAAACAGAACCAGUCCCGUGGGUCUGUCUGACAGGAGAGGAGGGCAGCGAGGAUUUGGGGUCCAGCUCUGGUGACUCUUCCCUGUGGCUCUCAGGAGCCUCCCGUGCCACCAGGGAGGGUGGGAAUGGAGUGGGGAAAGACCAUGGAAUUGCUGGAUGGUUUUUCCCAACAGUGGGAAGAGUUUUCCAGCCCUCAGCACCAACCUCCACGCUCCAAGCUGGAUUUUUGGGGCACCUCUUGUGGUUGAACCUCCCCAGGUUCCCCCCAAACCACGAGCACAGCCCCACCCGUGGCCCUCUCAGAGGGGUCUCUUCACCCUCCUCUGCCUCUGGAGGAGGAAACCUCCUCUUCCCACCCCUAAUUCCUGACCCUGUGAUGCUGAUGGAGCCCAAAACCAGUUUGCUUAAAAACCAGUACAAAGCCAAACCCACCAACAGGCAGCUUGAAAUCCGAGGGGAAUCGGACAUAAUUUUCCUGCUAACCUUGGGAAUCUUUUUCCCUACAGCCUCUGCUCGUCCUCCCCUGGACUCUCUGUGUGUAAAUAUAUAAAUAUAUACAUUUUUUAAAACAUUUGAUGAGGGGCAGAAGUGUUUUAGCUCCCACCCACUGCUCUGUAUGCAAACUCCUCACUUGCAAAUCUUUCUCUAUGCAACAAUUUUCCGUUUUUAAAAAUGAAAACCACGGCAAAUCCUCGGCUUUUAUUCCUUUUUUUUCUAUGGAUGGAGUGGAGAGCUCUGGGUUUGUAUUGCUGAGCGAGGGCAGCUGUUUUUGGGGAGAAAUCUGGGGAAAAGGGGGGUGGUGCCGAUGGAGCCACGUGACACUGGUGACAAAUGAAGGUCCCUCCACCCCCAGUCCCCUGGGAUAUUUUGGAAAAGCUUUGCAAGGAGCGGAUCAGACUCUGGAAUGUGGGUGCCUCACCUCUCUUUGAUGAUGGGGAGAAAAUCGCUGUAAAUAGGCCAAAAGUGCUGUGUGACUUUGUGGGUUCUUCCAGGUGAUGCUUUAUUAUCCAAGAUGAACACAAUGGGGAGGAAAUUGGGACCUGGAAAACGUGUGGGGAGGGAAGAUUUCUUUUCCUGGGAUGCUGUGUUUGUUACAGAACCCCUCUCCCCCACCAAACUCCCCCAGGAACUUUGAUCCAUCUCCUAUUUUGUAAUAAAAUUUUAUCACCUGCACAUCUGCUCUGGCUUCUGGUCUUUCCUGCUCCAGGAGCUUUUUUUGCCUUCAUCCCCUGCUUUUCCAGGCUUCAGUAAAGGAGGAAAUAAAGGAUUUUUUAUUGGGAAAAUGGGUGUCCAGACAGGGGAGGAUCCAUGAAAGGUGUGAGCCUGGAGUUGUCCCUGUCCCAGCACCGUGGGAAGGGGAAGGAGGGACACAACCCUUGGUUUUCACCCCCUCACCUUUCUGUGCUCCCAUUCUUUAUCCUGGAGGGAAAUGGAGCAUCCACAGCUCCAGGAGGGGAAGAGGGACAAGACACCUGAGCAUUCCAUGGCCCUGUCCUGUCCUUGGGGUGCUCCUGGUGAAGCCCCCAGGACAGUGAAUAACGGGGAUGUCACGGAGGUUUAGAGGGGAGCUGAUUGCUUGAGAACCUGAAGUGUCCUCCCAAAGUGAGGAAAACGCCAGGGAGGGCCUUGCUGGAGAGAUGUCAGACCUGGCUGAGGUCCCUUUGGGCCAGCUCCUCCCUGGAACCUCCUCUUGGAGCGGUGGCAAAUCAGGGACAGGGCUCAGAGCAGAGAUGGAAGUUCAGGCUCAGCCCUUGAGCAGGAUCCCAAAAAGUCCUUCUCCCUUUCCCACCCCGUGGCUCUCGCUCCCUGCAGUGUCCCCCCAGCUCUGUCCUGUCCUGUCCUGGCCUCGUUUGUGCUGGGUCCAUGCUGGGACUGUUCCUGUUGGGCUGUUAAAGCUCCAGGAAUGCCAAGAUCCGGCUGGUCAAGGACAGGGAGGGAUAAAAUCCUGGGGAAAGCCUGGAGGAGGCCACACGGUCUCACAGGGCACGGCCAGGAGGUGACGGCACCAACGGGAGACUCGGCUCUUUUCUUGGAAUUCAGAAGGAAGCGAAGCUGCUGCUGCCACACCAGGACCUGGAAAACACAUGGAAGGGACGGUGGGGAUGGGAAACUCCCUGGAGGAGGCUCUGUCCUUCUGGUUCCAGAGGGAGAAGCUGGAAGGUCCCGCAGGAUGGUGAAGGUCCUGCUCUGUGCCCAAGGUCUGGUGGGACAGGGGGAGAAAACCCAGCCCAGCUUCCCCAGGGAUCUGGAAAGCCCCUGGAGAUGCUCCCCCAGCCUGGCAGUGACUUUGAGGGUGGCUUUAAUUUUGAACUUCGCUGUCCCCCGGCA